UAUGCAGAAACACAAAUAUUCCAGUAUUUUCUUGCAUUUCAUUCGUUUCCUCGCAUUCAUCCAUGCAGACUUGCGUAUGUGUCCUACAACUUUGUUGGGCGUAUUCUUGGUCCACGUGGCAUGACCGCAAAACAGCUGGAAGAGGACACUGGAUGUAAGAUCAUGGUUCGCGGACGCGGAUCCAGCCGUACGGUGUGCUUUUUGGCCGACACCGAACCACUUCAUGUUCUCAUCCAAUGCGAGGACUAUGAGAAAAGAGCUCACCAAAAAAUGAGAAAUGCUGUGGAGGCUGUUAAUCAGCUUCUUCACCCUCCUGUUAAAGGGAAGGAUGAGCUUAAGCGUAAGCAGUUAAUCGAACUCUCUAUCAUUAACGGCACCUACCGCCCAACUUCGGCCACCAAGGUCGCGUUACCUAUUCGAUUAUCCACAAACCUUACGAUUACAGAGGCACCGCGUCCUUUAUCAGCACCUAAUCUGCCACCAGUGGCAGAUAACUCGCCCUAUAACGAACAGGCUCGCAUGUUUUCUCAGUUUGCUGAAGCUGCCAGAUUCAGGAAGAAGAAGUGGCUAAUGCGUUCACCACCACACCGUGCGGGUCCUUCGCUUUGCCGGUCUCUCAGCUAG